ACUCUCUCCUCCUCUCUGCUUCAUCCACUGACUGGAAUACAAUUUUCGCAAGCCAUGGCCGCCACCACCCCAACCCACCUCUCAUUCUGUCUGCAUCGCCCUACUCUUUCUUCUCCUUCUCAUCCCCGUCUUCUUCGGCGCCCUCAUCUCCUUGAGCUCCGACCCCCGACCCCGGGCCGCCUCGCCGUGAGGACGCACGCUACGGGAUCGGACUUGCUGGGCGAUUUCGGGGCGAGGGACCCUUUCCCGGCGGAGCUAGAGAGCGGUUUCGGAGAUAAGGUCCUGGGUAACCUCAACACCGAGCACAAGAUCUUGAUCCCCGUUGCCUCCGCUCUCUCUCUUGCCGAGCAGGAUUUUUCCCCUGUUUCCCCUCUCCAGUCCCCCAUGUCCCUCGACGACGCCCAGAAGCUCCUCAAGAAGGUUGUUGGGUGGAGACUGUUGGAAGAAGAAAGCGGGCUUAAACUACAGUGCUUGUGGAAGCUGAGGGAUUUUAAAUGUGGGGUUGAGCUGAUUAACCGGAUUUAUAACGUGGUCGAACCUGCUGGUCACUUCCCAAGUUUGCACUUGGAGCAACCCAAUCAAGUUAGAGCUGAAUUGUGGACUUCUUCCAUUGGGGGUUUGAGCAUGAAUGAUUUCAUCGUAGCUGCUAAAAUUGACAAGAUCAAAACAUCAGAUCUGGCACCUAAGAAGAGAGUAUGGGCAUAAGUCAAGAAAUUUUUGCACUAUAGGAGAAGCGAAAUGCUCAAGAUAAAGUUUUGCGCCAUCCAGUUGAUGAGGGGCGGUUCUCCAUUGUAAAUUGAUUCGCGGACUGCUGAUCCAUUCAAUGCUCAAUCAGCAGAUAAACAUUGUGAUUCCCCAUUAUUAUUCUUAGAUUGGUGGAAACAUUGACAAAUUUCUUUUCGUUUUGAAUGUCUAUUCUUAACCAUGUUUAUUUUUCCUUCUUUCCCUCCAAUCCUUUUGAUAUUUUGUCCAAAUUAAUCGGCAAAUCCUGUUUCUGCCUGGUGAAUACUUGAAAUGGUUGUCCUGGACCAAGGGAAGUUGUCUGUUCAUACCUAUUCAGGUUGUAAGAAGUUUGUCAUUCAAAUGCAGUAUGGGAAUGAACACA